CAUAACUCUUAGUACUUCCUGUCACAUUUGCAAAAUGGAACCAGAAAAGGGGAAAAGGGCUGCAAAUUUUACGGAUGCAGAAAAGGUCUUCCUGACAGAGCUAGUUGAAAAGAACAUCAACAUCAUAAAUGCUAAAUUCAACAGCUCUAUUACCAACCAAAGGAAAAAGCAGGUCUGGGAAGAUAUUGCCAAACAGUUGAAUGCCAGGGGUGGGGCACAGAGAACUGCCACCCAAAUCAAAGAAAAGUGGAGGAAAUCGUGUGGGGCAGCAAGGGAGGAGGCAGCAAAGGAGAAGGUCCAUGCAAGGACGACUGGUGGUGGACCUCCAGCCAAGGCAAAUGACCCUGUAACGCAGAAGAUAUUAGAACUACAUCAGGGGGCACCAAACUUUUAUGGGAUCGAUGGAGGUCUUGACAUAGGCAUGCCACUGCCACUGGAAUUAAUCAACAAUCCUUUUGGAUUAAAUGAAAAUGAUGCUUCUGAAUUCGUGGUCCUAAAUGACCAAAGUAAUUAUGUUGCCUGCAACACAGAGCAAAGAGAGAUUAUUGCCACUGUCGAUUUGCCAACACUUCGGGUGAAAGGUGUGUUAGGACAAGAAUCCCCAAGUUGUCAAGCUUCUGUAAGUUCCGUUGUAGCACCAAUAACAACAAAGGCUAAAUCUUCAAUAACUAAACCGGUAUCAGUGACCCAGCCAAAGAAAAAGCAAACCUACCAGGAGCUUCAAAUUGAAGUUCUGAAGCUGGACAAAACAAGAAUCCUUCAAGAGAAAAGAAAAAUUAUAUCUGAACGAGAAAAGCUAGAGCUAGAAAAAACUCUCCUGAAAUUAAAGAUCAAGAAAUUGAAACAGGAAUUAAAUGAUAAUGAACAGUGAGACUUUACAUUCCAGUAUCAAUUGUUAGAUCUUCAAUUAAUUGUGUGAUUAACAAAUUAGUGAUUAUAAAAAAAUAAUUUGUGAAAAUUUUAAUAUUUCUCUUUGUAAAAUCAGUGUGGACUGAUUUUUUGAGUCUUUUUCUAAUCUGCUGCAAAAAAAAACUAUAUUCUGUGAAAACAAUUUAUAUACAAGUACAGUCUGCAUGAAGCUACAAGAUUUAUCCUCAUUAUAUUAGGGAAACAAUUGUAAUUUUGUACUAUCUACGUUUAGAAAAUGUAGCAUUAAACCAUAUUGCACAUGUACAUUUUAAAGCUUUCAAAAAAUUAUUUGUAUGAAUAAACUGUAACAAAACAAAGAGAUUUACAAAUUGAAAUCAGCGCUAGAAAUGACCAGCAUCAUGAAAAUAAAAAUAAAUGUUAUUUCAUCA